AUGGAAAGAUUUUCUCAGUUUAGUGAACAAAUUUAGACCCUUGUAAAGGAAACUUCACCAAAGAUUACUUUACCCUUAGCAGCUUAUGGACUUUAUAAAAUCAUUGGGACAUAUCUUCUUCCUCCAGCAGUUGGUCUUAUAAAGCAUUCACUUAGACCUAGAAGGAACUUACUUGAAAGAUACCAUUCUAACUGGGCCUUAGUAACUGGUGCAUCAGAUGGUAUAGGUGAAGCAAUAUGUCAUGAAUUAGCGAAAUCAGGAUUCAACAUCGUCUUACUUUCAAGAACUCAAGAAAAACUUGAGAAAGUAGAGAAAGAUCUGAAGAAUUAAUAUCAUAUUGAGACUAGGAUUAUCUGCUUUGAUCUCUUAGAAUUAUUCAAUCAAGAAGGAGUGGAGAAGCUUUAUAGUUCUUUUGAUAAUUUAGAUGUCGAAAUAAGUAUAGUUGUGAAUUCAGCUGGGAAAGCUCAUGUUAACCCUAUCCACAAACAUACUAUUGAUAUGUGCUUCUUUAUGGUAAAUGUUAACGUAAAUGCUAUGCUCUUUAUUACAAGAUACUUUUCAGCUAAGUUCGUUGAUAACUACCAAAGAUAAAGAGAAUAAUUCGCUCAGCCCAACAAACCUUUUCGCAGAUCUGCAAUUAUAAAUAUCUCUUCAAUUUCUGCCUUAGGGUUUGGAAAGCAAGUGUCUCUGUAUUCUGCCACAAAAGCUUUUGAUCGCGUAUUCUCAAACACAGUAGCUGUCGACUAUGAGAGCGAGGGUAUUGAUGUGCUGACAGUAACACCAAUGAAUGUCAGAACAGGAAUGAACAGUGGCAUAUAUCUCGGUACGAUUACUGCCUAGCAACAUGCAAAAGCUGUAAUUGAUUAGCUAGGAUGGGAGCGUGAGACUAUUGGACAUUGGAGGCAUUAUUUAUAGGGUGCUCUCAGUGAUUUCCCACCUACAAACUUUUUAAUAUCAAGAAUAAACAUGAAGAGAAGAUAGUAAUUUAUUUUGAAAAGAGACUAGCUAGAAAAACAGUAAAAAGAAAAAGAAGCUCUUGAAAAAACCUAAUGA